AUUGCACUACAUGUUUAAUUCAUUAAUAUAGUUGCGACUUUUGUCUCAAUAUAAUAACUAAUCGACUUCGCAGAUAAGGAAAUUUGGUUUAGUAUCAAGUUGGAUCAGUAGUCAUAUGAACUAUAUAUUAAUCUCAACAGGUUCAUAUCAGAACGUUUUCUGGGGCAAGGCAAGGACAUUGCAGAGCAUUUUUUGGGGCACGUAGAUAUUAUACAAAGGCAAUUAUCUUCUCUAUAUAAACUGUAGUAGUCCUACCAUUGCACCACACCUCCUCAUAUCCAUUAGCUUUCAAAUCCUAGCCUACAAUGGAGUUCAACAACCAGAGUAAAGUUUUGUGUUUGGCCUUGGUCCUCAUGUUGGGGGCUUGGUCUUCAGAAGCCACUUCUCGCAGUCUCCAAGAUGCAUUAGCUUAUGGGAGGUAUGAGCAAUGGAUGGCUCGUUAUGGACGUGUAUAUAAUGAUGCCACUGAGAAGGAGGAGCGCUUCAAGAUAUUCAAGGCAAAUGAGGCUUUUAUAGAAUCAUCCAAUAAUGAAGGAAACAAACCUUACAAAUUGGGUUUGAAUCAAUUUGCAGAUCUUACAAACGAGGAGUUCAUUGCCUCGAGAAAUCGAUUUUUGGGGCAUGAAUGUUCCACAAAGAGUACUACUUUCAAGUAUGAAAAUUCUACUGUCCCGGCUACAAUCGACUGGAGACAGAAAGGAGCUGUAACUCCUGUCAAGGACCAAGGCCAAUGUGGAUGUUGUUGGGCAUUCUCAGCAGUUGCAGCCAUGGAAGGAAUUACUCAACUCACAACUGGUAAACUAAUCUCAUUGUCUGAGCAAGAGCUGGUUGAUUGUGAUGUCAAUGGUGAAGACCAAGGUUGUGAGGGUGGCUUGAUGGACAAUGCAUUUGAGUUCAUCAAUCAAAACCAUGGGCUUAGUACUGAGGCUAACUAUCCCUACACUGGUGUUGAUGGCACAUGCAAUGCUAAGAAGGAAGCAAACCAUGCAGCCUCGAUUACUGGCCAUGAAGAUGUGCCUCCAAACGAUGAAAGCGCCCUUCAAAAGGCUGUUGCUAAUCAGCCUAUUUCUGUUGCCAUUGAUGCUAGUGGAUCUGGCUUCCAAUUCUACUCGAGUGGUGUUUUCACAGGACCAUGUGGAACUAGCCUAGACCAUGGUGUUACUGCUGUUGGUUAUGGUGUCAGUGAUGAUGGGACUAAGUUUUGGCUGGUGAAGAACUCAUGGGGUGCACAAUGGGGUGAAGAAGGUUACAUAAGAAUGCAAAGAGAUAUCCCUGCACCGGAAGGUCUUUGUGGCAUUGCCAUGGAACCCUCAUACCCUACUGCAUAA